GUGUUAUGAUACAGGAGAAUUGUCCCCGUCUUUGCUACUUAAAUUGGACACCAGUCUCGAUCAAUAGAAAGCCAUAAUUCGAAACAAAAAUCUUGACAGCUCGAAUCACUACUCCUACUCUUUUCACCUCACUCUCACAAUGCUUUUUCCUUUACCUUGUUCUAACAGUUAGGAAGCCAUUAAUGAUUAAUGUCUAGCAGUUGGGCUUCUUAAUCCAUAAGCCUCAAGCUUCUCAAUAUACGACAUCUUCGCUUUCGUCAAAAUUUUCACUGGACUAGAGUUCCCAUUCAUCAUCUCCAUUUUCCCUUGAUCGAAACCCCACCCCAUCGAAUCCAACAGAUUCAUCGAGCUAGGUUUUCCUUUAGGACUAUGAACUCCCGUCCAAUCCUUCACUCCUCGUAUCGCUCGCGGUGAUGAUAUUGAUAUUGAUAGUGCUACAACAUCCACUGAUUGCUCCUUCUUCAUCAUCGUCUCCAUUUCUGGAUUUCGUACAACUUCAUCUGCAUAAAGUACGUCUUCUAUACUGUUCAUCACUGUGUUCGCCAAACUCUGUAACGCCCUCGAAUAGCUCUCGAGCACAGCGUGACCAAUAUCCUACACAUUUCAUAAUCAGAAAAUCUAUCAGUUAUACUGUAUUACAAAAGGGGAGAUUAGAUAUAUUAGGGUUUUUGGAUUUUGAUCAUACUUUAUUGUACUCGAUUUUGCUAAUGUCGAGUGAUGAUUGUGGAAGUCCUGCGAAUCUAUGUUUCAGGAGGAGUAAAAUUGUUUCUGCUCUUUCUUCAAAUACUUCUCUUUUUUCUGAACUUACGCUUGAACCCCAUGACGAUUUCAACUCUUUUUGAUUCAUCUUUCUCUUCCAUAUCACAAUUGAAGCUUCUAUUCUGUUCUUGAGCUCCAUCACAUUCUGAUCUGAUGAUGUGUCCAUGGAAGAUAGGAAUUCUCCAGGAUCAAAAUACUCAUCUGUAAUGCUCUUGUAGAUCGAAUCUCCUAGGCUAGCUUUACCAUUCUGUUGUGGAGAUAGAUAAAUUCAUAGAUUAGGUAACAAAUCAUGAAGCCUGAAAGAAAGAAAUUCUCAAAGAUUACCUUGGGGAGAGUUUCGAUGUAGGUUUCUGGGAUCUCCAUUUCUGAAAGAACAUGAGCAUUAAUGGCCAUGGAAGCUUUAAGAACUUGAUUGCAACAUUCCUUUUGAUGCUGCAUCCAUUUUCUUGUUUCAUCUGAAAGCCCUCCUUCAGGAACUUUAACACUUGGUAGCCACCAUCUAUCAAUUCUCUGGACACCUUUUUCAGAUUCAUCUGCAUCCUUUGCCACAUACCAGAAUUCUUUCUCAUCUUUGAAGUUAUCUAAACAAUCCUGAAAUAUUUAUUUAUAUUAAUAUUAAUAUUAAUACUUUCGUUAAAAUUAAAAUUUAUUUGAAGUUAUCUAAACAGUAGGGGCGUUUUGGACUUUUAAGAUGAUAAAUUUAUGUAGGAUUCAUUACAAUGAGCAUGGCAUCAAGCUUCUUAAUGGCAGGGAUGUUCAUGAGGAGAUCUCUUCGUUGUUGUGUGACCAUAAUCUGCAAAAAUAAUAGUAAAAAAAAUAAGUUGAGGGAUAUAAUUUUAUAAAAUAUUAAACACACACACACACACAAAAACACCUAAAAAUACACAUAGUUGACCUCCAUAUUUGAUCCAUCUUUUCCUUGUUGUUGAGAUGGAACGAACUCAACGAUGUUGUCUGUAACUGAUAGGAGCCAAUUAACUUCUUUUCUCCAUCUCUUUUUUAAAUCUUCCGGCAUUGGAGCCAAUUUAUUUUGUUUUCCAAAUACAGAAGCUGCAAAAAUAGUCAAAGGGUUUGACUUGUUUUUGUAGAAAUACCCAAAAAAAAAAACAUAAUAUAAAUGAAUAAAAAUGUAUUAAUUUGGAAUUUAGAAAGAAAAUAUUACCGGCUAGAUUUGUAAUUGCAUUCGAUAGAGCUAAAGCCGAUGAAACCCCGUUGCCAUGACCCGACAUAUCUUCCCCCAAAAGCAACUUUGCAAAUCUUUCCUUCAUUUGUUCUAUGUCUACCAAAAUAAAAUAAAAUAAAAAUCUUUAACAAAUUCAUCUUUUCCAAAAAAAAAAAAAUAGAAACAGUUGGUCACACACGACAUGACAGGAUAGAUUGUACUGUGUUUGACAUGUAUUGGACUGAUACUGAUGUUAACGUGACAUAAAUUGCAAUUUGGUGUCUCACCCCAAAAGGUGGGACAUCUCUCAUUUGUAUAAAAGACGUAAAUGUACUUGUUAUCGAAAACUCACCAGAGUUGGGCCUUUUCUUGACCUCGAUACGAGCUUCUUCUGGAACUUGAGCUAUAUUGCGGUUGAGUUCAUCCAUGCUUCUUGCUUUUUACAAUGUUUCUGCGGUUGAUAUGAUUUGAUGUUUAUGAAAAUUUGUGCAUAUCUAUGGCAUGAUGCAUGCUCUGAAUUUGUUUGAGCUACUCUUUUGAAAACGAAUUUUAUCUAUAGAAAGGUGAAAUAAACCAAGAAAACUGAGAGAGAAUUGGAGAUUUAACAUUUAUGAGAAGUUUUGUUUCUUUGUUUGUGAUUUUGUUGGUGUAUCACGUUUUGUUGGAGGAUAUAAACGUGGGUGCAUGUAUUUUAUUAAAGAAUGUACAAAAAGAGUAAUAUUUUUUGGUCGGUUUUAUUGGCUUAGUUCCUUCAUGGCUAGCAGAAGGCGGGGGACCCAAUAUGCAAAGGUCAACUAAACCAACUUAUCUCCCUAUUUUUGUUGACACAAUAAGGCUUUACGCACUUCACAAUUGGGCCUUAAACAGGCUUUCAUUUAACAAACGCACUAGACUUUAACCGGACACUUAACGGUUUGUGACGACUGUAUGAGUAGUGGUGAGACUUAAAGUUUGGGUACUAAAUCUGACUUGAAGCAAUAGUAUAGGGAUACGAUUUGUAACUUUUGUGGUAAAUAGCUGGAAUCAUAUGAUUAGGUACAGCUCAUUGACCACCGGCCCCUCAUAAAACAUCACCCAUCAAAGAUUGUGCCUAAAUUACAUGACACAGUAUCUAUAUAUAUUUUAGGGUUUAAAUAACCAUUUUUAAUCGACACAUCGCUUCUUACUCUUCCUCACAAAUCACAAACAACAAACCCUCUGAUUCUUCGCGACUACUACCUUGGUUUAGAUUCACCUGAUUCCAAUUCAGAUUUCAGUGUGUGUAUGUGGGUGUAUACAGUAUAGCACCCACAUACAAAAAAGUUACAGAUUUUGUAAUUUGAAGCAAAGUUUUAGAGUGAGAAAGUAAUGGGGGACGAAAAGUUACCGAUUAGCCGAGAGAAAGAUCGGGAGCUUCUUAUACCCGUCGCUAACACCGUCGAUGACGCUGCCGCCGCUUCUUCAAAACCCUCUUCUUCUUCAACUUCAUCAUCUCAUACCGCUGGUCGUGAGACUUUCGGCAAAGUUAUCAGAAGCUGGGCAUCUAAAAAGUUUAUGACAGGAUGUGUCAUUUUAUUACCCAUGGCUAUUACUUUCUACAUUACAUGGUGGUUUAUACAUUUUGUUGAUGGAUUCUUCUCUCCAAUCUAUGAUCAUCUUGGCAUAAACAUAUUCGGUUUAGGGUUCAUAACCUCAAUCACAUUCAUAUUUCUAAUUGGAGUGUUCAUGUCAUCAUGGUUGGGUGCAUCUGUUUUAACCCUUGGAGAAUGGUUCAUCAAACGCAUGCCAUUCGUUCGCCACAUCUACAAUGCAUCCAAACAGAUCAGUUCAGCUAUUUCUCCAGAUCAAAACACACAAGCUUUUAAAGAAGUUGCAAUCAUUGCACAUCCUCGAAUCGGUGAAUAUGCAUUUGGAUUUAUUACUUCAUCAGUCACUCUUCAGAAUUAUUCGGGAGAUGAGGAGCUGUAUACAGUAUAUGUCCCAACAAAUCAUCUUUACAUUGGGGAUGUUUUUUUGGUGAAUUCAAAAGAGGUUAUCAGACCAAAUUUAUCUGUUCGUGAAGGAAUAGAAAUUGUGGUGUCAGGGGGGAUGUCAAUGCCACAGAUGAUUUCAACAAUGGAUGCAAGCAGAGCUAGAAACUCGGGGGAAAUCUCAAGAUAUUAGAUGACCUUUUAUUAAUUGUACUCUUAUUUACUAUCAGAUUUAAAUGUGGUGUGACGAUUUUAUCCUUUCCAAAAGAUAGUUGACGUUUAUUUUUAUUUUUUUGUAAAUUUGGAAAAAGGUGGUUGUUGUAGAUAUUCUUUUUUUUUUUUUGAAAAGACUUGGGGUGAAGUAAAUAGGUGAUGCACUUAUGCAGUUUUUUAUGAAUGUGUUUUGUAAUUUUUUUUAUGACAUGGUUAUUUACUUAUAUAAACCGAAAAUUAAAUGAUCCACGAAGGUACUCA